AUGGAGGACUUCUCAUCAUGCUGUGUAAGCACAAAAUUCGCUAACGAAAUGGUUAUGGCAUCUCCAUUUUCUUCAUUGGAAUAUGUAAUUACUGUUGCUAGAGACAUAUGGUUUCUUAAAUUGAAUGUUAGGUCUUGGUUGGAAGCUAUUUUAGGACGAUCUUGUUCUAACAAAUACUUGAAAACGGCAAAUGAAGCUAAUAUGCAGGAACUUCAUAAAUGGGGAUCAAUGCACGAGGAGAAAUUUGAGUAUGUUUUUGUGACAUGUGUAGCUGGUAAGACAUCUGAAGACAUGCUGAAUUAA